AUGUGGAGGCUGAAGGUCGGGGAGGGCGGCGGGCCGUGGCUGCGGUCCACCAACGGCUUCCUCGGCCGCGCGGUGUGGGAGUUCGACGCCAGCGCCGGCACGCCGGAGGAGCGCGCCGAGGUGGAGAGGGUGCGUCAGGAGUUCACCGACGGCCGGUUCCGGCGCAGAGAGUCCGCCGACCUCCUCAUGCGCUUGCAGUGUUCAAAAGAGAACAAACAUCAAGGGAGGGACCGUCGUCUACCGCCAAUGGAGAAGCUCGAGGAGAAAGACGAGGUCACUGAGGACACCGUGCUGGUGUCGCUGAGGCGAGCCCUCGAUCAGUUCUCUUCGCUGCAAUCGGAUGACGGCUGUUGGCCCGGGGACUUCAGCGGGAUAAUGUUCGUCAUGCCUGGUUUGAUAUUUGCUCUCUAUGUCACCAGAUCACUCAACACUGUGAACGAAGAUGGGGGAUGGGGCAGCCUAAUUUUAGGGUCGAGCAGCAUGUUUGGUACAUGCUCAAACUACAUCACUCUAAGGCUCCUCGAAGAGGAGCUAGAUGGCAACACGGCGUUGGCUAAGGGGCGUGGCUGGAUAUCGUCCCACGGCAGCGCUACUCUUGUGCCACAGUGGGGGAAGAUAUGGCUCUCGAUACUUGGGAUGUAUGACUGGUCCGGGAACAACCCGAUCUUCCCCGAACUAUGGCUUGCACCGCAAUUUCUCCCGUUUCAUCCAGGGAAAUUCUGGUGCCUGUGCCGUAUGGUCUACCUGCCUAUGGCUUAUCUCUACGGGAGGAAAUUCGUUGGGCCCAUUACGCCUACGAUCCUGGCGAUAAGGGAGGAGAUCUACGACGUGCCGUACGACCAGAUCGACUGGGGCAUGUCACGCAAUGCAUGCGCCAAGAGAAUGAAACAUAAAACUGGAUCAAAGUGGAAGAACAAUUGUCUCCACAUCAAGAUCAAGAUCAAGGAGGACCUUGUGUGCCCACGCACAACGCUGCAGAACGCCGUCUGGACCUCACUCUACAAGUGCGUGGAGCCGGUGCUGAGCAGCUGGCCGAUCAACAAGCUCAGGGACAGGGCUCUGAAGAACCUCAUGGAGCACAUCCACUACGAGGACGACAACACGCAGUACCUCUGCAUAUGCUCCGUCAACAAGGCUCUGAACAUGGUCUGCUGCUGGGCCGAAGAUCCAAAUUCGGAAGCGUUCAAGCGGCAUCUUGCGAGGGUACCUGAUUUCCUGUGGAUCUCGGAAGAUGGCAUGAAGGCGCAGGUAUAUGAUGGUGUUCAGAGCUGGGAGACAUCAUUUAUUAUUCAAGCAUAUUGCGCUAUAGGUCUUUGUGCAUGUCCAUACCUGAAGGUUCUUUGGAAUCAUCCUGGCGACCAAAGUUAUUCACAUCGCCACAGAUCGAAGGGUUCAUGGACUCUUUCAAGUGCAGACAAUGGAUGGACUGUAUCUGACACUACCGCAGAAGCACUUAAGGCUGUGAUGCUGCUCUCAAAGAUCUCUAGGAACAUCGUUGGCGAUCCAAUAGAAAGAGAAAGGGUGCAUGAUGCUGUUGAUUGCCUUUUAUCUUUUGUGAAUAAAGAUGGGACCUUUUCCACAUAUGAAUGUAAAAGAACUUCGACUUGGAUAGAGAUCCUCAAUCCUUGCGAGAGUUUUCCAAACAUGAUUGUCGAUCAUCCAUAUCCAGAAUGCACUUCCUCGGUGCUUCAAGCUCUUAUGCUGUUCAAAGAACUACAUUAUGGUUACCGUACUAAGGAGAUAGAAAAAUGUAUCAGAGAUGCAGCAACAUUCAUUGAGAGCAGACAAGGAGAAGACGGUUCAUGGUUAGGCACUUGGGGUGUGUGUUUCACCUAUGGGGCCUUCUUUUCGGUUAAAGCAUUAGUUGCUGCUGGAAGAACAUACGAGAGCAGUUCUUCCAUCAGGAAAGGAUGUCACUUCAUAUUAUCAAAGCAGCUCAGUACUGGUGGAUGGGGAGAAAGUCACGUAUCUAAUGAAACAAAGGUAUAUGUCAACAUUGAAGGUGACCGUGCUCAUGCAGUGAAUACUGCUUGGGCAAUGUUGACCUUAAUAUAUGCCGGACAGAUGGAACGAGAUCCAGCACCACUUCACCGUGCUGCGAAGGAGUUGAUCAAUAUGCAGAUGGAUACAGGAGAAUUUCCACAGCAAGCAUGUAAGGAAAAUUUCGAACAGCCAAAGCCCUGGCUUGAAGACGGCGACAAUGAAGACUGCGGCGACCAAGACGAGGACAGCAACGAGGCGGAGGCGGAGGGGGGCAGCGACGAAGAAGUUGAGAACAACGAAGACGAGGAGGACAGCGACGAAGAAGAUGAGAAGGAGGAGGAGGAGGAGGAGGAUCCCUCUCCGGUGUGGGAGAUCGAGCGAUGCAGCGACGGCUACGUCGUCCUCUUCAACCGGAGGGCCAGGCAGAUCGCCGCCUACAACCCUCUCACGCGGGCGCUGCAUCUCUUCCCCUCGCCGCCGGGCAUCUUCAAAAGCGCCUUGACCUUUCAGUUCCACAUAAUCUCCUCCUCCGAAGAGCACCCCGGCUCGCCGCCCCGUGUGGUUUGUUUCUACUGUGGCUACCUUUACGCCUCCGUCGGCGUCAUCUCGCCGGGGAGCACCGAGAUUGGGUGGCAGAUUUUCCCUGAGCCUUUGAUUCCAGGAGCAGUGGGAGCCACCGGCAAGAUGGUGAACGGAUCCCUCUACUGGACACACCCAGGGAGACUCUACAUCACCGUGCUCGACACCGCGACGCUGGAAUUCUCUAGAAUGGAACUGCCGCCGCUCUUGGCGGUGGAAGAAGGCAGUAACCGUGAUUGUGAUUUUGUGCUUGGUAAUACCAAGGAUGGGAGGCCCUGCAUCGUGUCCCCGGAUCCGUGGGGUGGCUGUGAGCUCCUGGUUUUUUUCUGGAGACCCGAUGAAUACGACGGUGUCGAGAGGUGGAAGCUGGACCAGGAGUUCAAACUCAAAACGAUCCGUCGGCUCACUGAGAUUGAAGACGAUUCUUAUGUCGUUGUGCACGUUAUGGAUGUUACCGAUGGAAUCGUGUACCUGCGCACUGCCUAUGACGGGUAUACUGAAGUUCCUCAGCUGCUCCUAUCCUUUUGUCUCGAGACAGCGGAGCUGAAAAAGAUCUGUGAGUAUGAUCACAAGCUCCAUCCCUACGUCAUGGCAUGGCCUCCUUCUUUGGUAGGAGUACAUGAUAAGGGCCCCAAUGAUCUAGCUCUGUCUACCCCAAGCUCCGAAGGAAGCGAUGUGAAUGCUGGAGGUGGCCCAACAGAGCCUGCAUCGGUCCCAAAGCAUAAUAGGAUCACUUAG